UCUUUCACACACACACACACACACACACACACACACACACAGUCUCUCUCUCUCUCACUCUCUGCAGAGAGAGAGGAGUGAGGAGAGAGAAGAGUGUGUUCUCUAGGACCCUUCAUUUCAGGCGGAUAAAUCGGUGCUUUUUUUUCUUUCAUAGAUCCAAGAGUACUAGAAAAGAAAAAAAAAAAAGCCAAGGGGUGAAAAAGUAAAUCUUGUAUGUAUAUAUACAAAAUAAAUGGAGGAAGGUGACGAUUUUCGAAGAUGGGACGAAUUAAUACCCGACGCGCUCGCGUUAAUAUUCAAGAAUCUUUCUUUGCUUGAGGUACUAACUGUGGUACCUAGAGUUUGCAAAUCAUGGGGGCGAGCGAUUAUGGGGCCUUAUUGCUGGCAAGAAAUCGAUAUCGACGAGUGGAGCAGAACUUCCAAACCCGAAAUUGUCGAUCGAAUGCUCCAAUUAUUGAUUACGAGAAGCUGUGGAUCUCUCCGUAAACUCGCGGUUUUCGGUCUCGCAAACGAGCAAAGUAUUAUGUUCAUAGCAAAUAAUGCUCAAUCUUUACGAACAUUGCGAGUGCCGAGGUGCGAACUAAACGACUCCAUAACCGGAAAAUCCAUCUCAAUGCUACCGAAUCUCACUUUUCUCGAUUUGAGCUACUGCGUCAACAUCGGAGCCGAAACCCUAAAAGCAAUAGGCCAAAGCUGCAAAUUCCUCGCCAGCUUGAGGCGAAUAAUGCAUCCAUUAGAGGUGAUCGAGAAGCUCUCGCAAGAUGACGAAGCCCUAGCGAUAGCCUCCACCAUGCCUCGUCUCAAACACCUCGAGAUCGCGUACUUGCUCGUCGAAACUUCCAGCAUCGUCGAGAUAAUCAAGAACUGCAAGAAUCUCGAGCUUCUAGACGUACGAGGUUGUUGGAAUGUGGAUUUGGAUGACAAGUUUGUGAAGGGGUAUCCGAAGUUGAGGGUUGUGGGCCCCGUUGUGGUGGAUUGCUACGAUGUGAUGAAUGUAUGGGAUAACGGGUCGGAGUAUUCCGGGUCUUCGGGGUAUCUUGCGUGGGAUUUCGUGGCGGGUGAUGUCAUCAUCGAUGAUGAUGAUGAUGUCGACGAGGAGGAGAUUCUUGAUGAUGAUGAUUUUUGGGGGGAUGAAUAUGAAAAUCCGAUUGAUGAUGAGGUGGAGGUUGAGAUGUGGUUUUACGAUGCUGCUAAUGCUGUGGAUGCGGGCUAUGAUUGGCCGCAAUCUCCUUAAUUAAGUACACUUAAUUAAGGUAAUGAUGAUUAUGAUAGACUUAUUAUUAUUAUUAUAGUUUUUUCUUUUUUUUUUCUUGGAGGACUUCGAUAUUCUUCGUCUUCUCGUGUGUCUGCGACUUGUGCUGAUUUUAUGUGUGAGUUUCGGGCUUUUUUUUUUUUUUGGAUAUAUAUAUUAUAUAUAUAUGAACGUGUUGUAAGGAAUUUGACUGUUGUAUGGAUUUAUUUAAGUGUAUUGGUGAUGGGUUUUUUUUUAUUUU